AGGUAGUACUGAAGAUUGAUCCUACGAGCAUUACCAGCCCUAUGUCAACAAAAGUUAUAGCUGGCAAUCAUUGCGAUCAUCUGGUUGUAGCUCAAUCGUGAGUCAAGCAGUCAUAGGUCAUGGCUUUGAACGGGUCAUUUCUCUCAAGGUUUGCGAAGAUUUGGAAGCGACCAGAGUACAUUCUGGCAUUGACACCAUGCCGGCGGACGCACAACAUUACAACAUGGAAGUCUCGAGCUUUUGCCUCUGUUGCGAGACUCGCUGAGCAACGCUCGGGAUCCAAACCGCCUCCUCCAGCGCCACUCAGAUCUGCAUUGCCUCCAAAACCGACGCUCGCAAAGCACGCAGGCGCAACACCCGCUGGUCGGUCUGAUUUAGAGGCGCUUUCGCGCGUCACCAGGGAUUUGAAGGGGGGCGAACGAGUCGUUUUGUACAGGUCUGGAAACCACGGCGCCUUUUACCUGUUCGCUUACUCGAUUGGUGGCUCAUUUAUUUUGGGUAUUUCAUUGUGGACUAGUAUGGUCCUGAAAGAAAAAGAAGGCGAAGCGAAACUCAGCUACCUGAUGCGAGCCGCGCUGAUGUUUGAAGCCUUCUGCGUUGUGAUGAUCGGAACAGUUUUCGUUCUGGCUCCAUCGAAUCUUGUCAAAAGAGCGUCAAUUGUCAAGCAGGCCGCGACUGCUGCCAAUGGGCAAUCGCCUUUAUUGUUUGAAUUCACGAUCAAACGACGAUUGCCAUUUCUGAAGCCAGACGUCCUCGAAACGUCUUUAGAGAACGUCACGAUUUCUCCGGCCGUGCCAGGACAGAAGUUUUCCUACCGGAGCAUUCCACUGGAGCAGUCCAACGAGUUCAACCAAGACACGUGGCGACCACCCGCGGGUGAGGCGUCUUCACUUUAUAGAUCUCUGAGGGGAGUAGCCUCGGGUUUUGUUCGGAACACAAAACGCUGCUUCAUGAGAGACCAGAUGGUCUUUGUCACUGUGGAGGGCGUGGGCAGGAUCAAGCUAGAUUUGCACGGCGGUAGCCUGUUGGACAACGGACGCCAGCUACAGCCAUUCAUGAGAGCGGGGGCGCCAGGAUCGCUAUUGGGAAAGCUCGUGGGCUAUGUAUCGCAAUUCGGAUCGCCUAAGAAAACUUGACUGAUGAGUCGAGGAGGAGAUGUUUAGCUCCACGGCGAGCACAGAGCAGGCAGGGUAGCUGCAGAUGCGGCGGUAGGAUCUUUGACAUGUAAUACCAACACAACAUCGCGAACAUUGUAAUGUAUAUUAUAUGUAUGCCAAAAGCAGGAGAAUCUUUGAACGUUCAUCGUUGGUAC